GCGCAAAGGGCAGCCAUAAGACCAUGCCAUCGGCCUAACAACACACAGAAAGCGAAGAAUAUGCCGAUCGCACGCCAGCCGGCGAGCAAUAGCAUCGGGGCGCGGCCUACACCAUUCAUCAAGACCGCAUCGGCAGCUACCCAGCAAAGGAUAAAUGAAGUGCUGGGCGCCGAAGGAAUAGAGCGCCGAAGAAUGCUCCUCGUCUCGACCACGGGGCCGACGUCUUUUGUGGUUGCGGAACAAAACGCGCCAGACGGCGACGAGGCGAGCGAGCGGCCCGCGCGCGAGAAGCAUAGGGUCAAAAUAGGCCACCGCCACUCGUGCUCAUGUGGACACCUGGGAGACGGCGAGCUCUGCCACCACGCCCUGUUCAUUUUGUUGAAGGUGCUGCGCGUCCCCAAAGACAACCCGCUGGCCUUCCAGACUUCUUUGCUAGAGUCUGAGCUUGAAGCUGUCCUACGCUUCCGCGCGCUGGCGGACCAGCAAGCGCGGGACCAGGCGAAGCGCCACCGCAUCUCCCAACUACGGGCCGAGCGAAGGCAGCAGCAGCCCGUCGUUCCAGUAGUGGAAGCGCCUGAUGAGGCGUUAUGCCCCGGACCUAGAGCACAAAACGCCCCGCAGCCGCCUCUGGAUGGCGAGGACUGCCCCAUCUGCAUGGAUUCGUUGACGGAUGGUGCUCCACUCACCUAUUGUCCGAAGACGUGCGGGAACUGGGUCCAUGUCAGAUGUUUGAAGGAGUAUGCUGAACAUACCGCACCAAGGGAAGCAAAGUGCCCUCUGUGUCGCGACGCCUGGGGCGGCGUGGAGCUGAUCCAGGCGUGUAAAGCUAGACUACGGCGGGAGGCGGCGCAGCCUAUGAUAGGUGCGAAAGGGUCUGAUACCCAUAGAUUGCGAUGCGCGGGCUGCGGCGUCACACCCAUCGUCGGCGAGCGAUACCGGUGCGUGCGCUGUGUUCAAGGCGUCGAUUUGUGUUCGGGGUGUUUUGGGAGAGGCAAGCACGGCCACCACGGCUUCGUCGCCAAGAGUCUGGUGGGCGACGCGUGGGCGGCCGCGCCGCGCGUCAAAGCGCGACCGAACCAGUGGCGGCCCGUCGCGGGGCUAGCCGACGCUAAUUUACCAGCGUCGGCGUUAGCUGCCUUACAGUAUCGGGAUCUGGGUCCCAACGACUACGCUCUGUUGCAGCAGCUCGAUCAGCCGGCGGCGGUGCCGACCUUCCGGUCCCUGGGUUCUUAUUUGACCAAGGGCCUCGCGUCUUCAUCAGACGGCGUUUGCGACGUCUGCGGCGCGGCGUGCGACGCCGUCCUCGCCUGCGGCCACGGCGUCCACCGCGCGUGCGUCUCGAACGCAAUUGACGAGGGAAAGCCCGAGGACGUGCUCUGCCCCGUUUGUGGGGUAUCGGCCUUCCCGGGGUUGCGCCGGAAGCCGCGGCGGCCGCGCCCCGAGGCGCCUCCUUCACAACCGCAAGCCGUGGCGGCCUUCGGUUCCGUCGUCGAGCGCUCGGCGUUCAACGUGCCGCGGUCGCCGCCGCCCGGGCCGCAAGGUCUGGAAGCGCUCGUCGUCGGCUCGACGAUCGGCCCGGCGGCGUCUGUCGUCGGGCCUUCGGCGGGCUCGUUGUUCACCGGCUCGGUCGCGGCGACGUCGGUGGUCGAGCCGCUGGCGGCGCCGUCCCUGCUGGAGACGGGCUCGGUGUUCACGCUGUCGAACGCGGCGCCGAUGAGCCCCAGCUCGCGCGCGGCCCUCGCCGUCGCGCAGCGGUCCCAGCGCGCGGCGCUCGAAAGGAGCGACCGCGCGGAACGGGCCCGCCAGCGCCGAGCAGCAGCGGCGUCGCGCGGCCCCAUCGAGUUGGCCGAGGCCGCGGAACGGAACGCGCGGGCCGACGCGGCGCUCGAGCGGCGCGACACGGCGCGCGAGGCGCGGCGGCGCGCGGCGGCGGAUCGACGCGCCGCCGCGGCGGACCGGCGCGCCGCGCGCGCGGGCAAUGACGUGCCUUUGCUGGCCCAGGCGUCGGUCGCCCGCGACGCCGACGCGGCCCUCGAGCGGGCGACCGCGGCGCGCGAACAGCGGCGCCGCGCCGUCGCGGAUCGCAGGGCCGCGGUGGCCGACCGCCGCGCGGCCCGGAGCGAACCAACCCUUGACGCGGUCGCAGCAAUGCCGCCAAUGUGGCUCGCGGACGCGGUGCGCUCGGCGUCGGCGCCCGAGGACGGCGUGCUGCAACGGCGGCGGCUCCUGAAGCAGCGCCAGCGCCUCCACGAAAAGAAGGCCGUGGCGGCACGCGAACGCCGGGAGCGCCUGGCGGGCCGCGUGCUGGUCCUGGCGCCGCCCCGUUUAGGCUUCGCGCACGAGUGUUAA